AUGUCCUUUUUCUAACGGAAAAUGCGGACAAGGGACAACUCUUCUUUUGUUUGUUUAUCAUUUUAGUGUUGAUUAAAGUGUAUUCAUAAAUGACAAUAAUUAAACUACGAUUAAUGAAUGGGAUCUGAUAUAUGACCAAUUAAUUUCUGUUAUUUUGUUCCAUAAUUUAGUUAUAUCGUAUGUUUCAAUAAAAAGCAAUGCCUGACUUAUAAAUAUAAGCUGUGAUUAUAUCUGGUAUACAUCUUUUCAGUAAUUACUGAAAAAUUGACACUUAUUAAUGCAGUGAAACCUGUAAUUUUCAUUAAAAAUGCCUGGUGUAAAAAGUAUGAAUGAUAGUGAUGGGGAGGAACUUGACCAAGAAACUGCUGAAAGUGAUAAAUCUAGCAAUGAUGACACAGAUUCAACUUCUGGCUCUGAUUCUGAUGAUGAUGACAGUUCAGAAAUGGAUGAAGAUGUUUGCAUCCGUAGGCGGAGUGACUGUUUGUCUCAAAUGGCUGAGUUGGAAAAACAAUUUAUACUUAUGAAAGAGCAAUUGUAUGAGGAAAGGAGCUCUCAAAUUGGAUUAAGAUUAGAGGAAGUAAAAGCUGGUAUAGCUUUAGAAUAUACUCAACCACUGGAAGAGCUUCAUCAAAAUUUGGAAACUCGGUUAGAAGUUGCUGAUAUAUUAAAGGACUUAAGAAAGGUUAAUGUUAAACAUAUAGUCGAUGCUGAAUAUCAGGCCUCUAAACAAAAUUUAGAAAGUGAAAAAGCUUUAAUGUGGGAUAGUAUAAGUAGUGAUCUGGAAGAAAAAAUUAGAAGAUUGGAGGAAGAUAGAAAUAGUGUUGACAUUACCUCAGAAGUUUGGAUAGAGCAAACAAUCUAUAAAAAGGGCAAAAGAAAAAGUGAAUCACAUAGUUCUGCUGGAAAAAGAAAAAAGCCAGUCACUGUUACAGGUCCAUACAUUAUAUAUAUGUUACAAGAAAAUGAAAUUCUUGAAGAUUGGACUACUAUUAGAAAAGCUUUAAAAGCUUCAAAGCAAGGUAGCGAUUAUGAAUUCAAUGCUCCUGAGCAACGGGUUAAUGCUCGUUUUGCGGAUGGAAAAUUGCUUUUCAAAGGAGAUAGUUUUAGAAAAGGAGAAAGUGUUUACAUAGAUGACAAGAUCGAAAAUCCAUGGCUAGCUCACGUGAUAUCUGUUAAUACUAGUGAAGUUCUUUUGCAAAAGCAAGAUGGAAGUUGGACAAGGAUAGGGAUUAGUGAUUUACAGUCUGGUAAAUACAAUAUCCGACAUGAAAUAUCAUAAGGAAAAUUACUUCUAUUGUAAUCUGGUUGUAAAAGUUUUUUACCGAGCUGUCUUCCCAUGAUCUCUUCUAAGUUUCACUGCUGAGAUUACUGUAUUAGAGUAACUCUCACUGUCUGAUGUGUUCUGCUUCAAAAAAUUACUGGAUUGAAUGAUUUGUAUCAUCAAUACUAUUUGUACAUAAAAAUGUAAAAUACAUGUAUAUUGAGCUUGUUUUUUUUUCUUUUUUUGAUAAUCUUGUGUGAAAUGUCAGGUGGGAAAAAGUGGAGCUAUGAUCAAGCUUUUAUUUAUAUAUUUUUAUAAAAGGCUCUGUGAACCUAGCUAUUGAUUUUAUUUUAAUGAGACUUUUAAUUGAUUUCAUGUGAAUUGAAUUCAUUUAGAUUAAAAAUGAAGCAAACUUUUUUUUGUUUGAUUGUUUUCUUACUAUUAUGCAUUCAAAAGAAUAUGUUUUGACAUUUAAUUCUAAAUUUAGACAGAGUAUGUCUAAAAAAAUAUGUAAAUAUUGUUUUUGAAUAUCGAUUAUUUUGAAGAUUGUUCUUAAAUAAAUGUAUUAAAAUUGUAUUUAAAUUCUAUAUGUAAUAGUACAAAUGACUAAAAAUACAUAAGUAAAAUUCCAAAAAAAAAAAAUUCUUACUAUUAAAUUAAAGUAUUAAAGACUAUCAAAAGUAAGUUUCACUUAAGAUGCAGAAUAUUCAACUAAAUUUUACUCAAAAUCAUCGAAAUUAGUAAAAAAAAAAAAGUGUUUUAUUUUCUGGCAUAUUUGAAAUAUGAACAACAGUGUAGAAAUAAAUAUUUAUAGUCGUUACUAUAUGCAACAGCAUGUAUUUUUAUUGUCUAGUUAUAUUGUGGAAAUUGUUUAACUGCUCUAUGUAGACAAACACUUGCAUGAAAACUAUUUUUAUGUCUUUGAAUUUACUGACUAAAUUGCAUCAUUACACUCUUUCAGUAUUUUUUGUUCUACUUGGAUCUUAUUCAUUCAAUAUUGGAUUCAGUAUUCUGUUCUAAUUUCCCUGAUCAUUCUUUUGUUUAGAGCAUAAAAUUUUAAAGAAAUUGUGCUUCACUAUUAAAUUUGCUAUGUAGGGUUAUAAACAAAUAAGUAAAUUAUUUUCCAGCUUUUUUAUUAUAAAAUACAUAGCAUUCAAUAUUUACUUAAGUUAACACAAAGGUAAAAAAUACCUAGCAAAGCCUACACAUACACCCAAUUUAACAGUUCAUGAUAAUUCAAAAUCUUUAUUCAGACUUUUUAAACUUUCUAUGUUGAUCUGUUUUUUAGAUGUCCCUCUACCAGUCUUAAUUAAAACUGUAAUAGUUUUUGCCAAUUUGUAAUAAUUUUAGAAGAAAUUCAUUAUCGACUUAAUCUAACUUACUGUAUGUGUUGAUCAUAAACAGAUAGUUUGUAAACAUUAAACUUGUUAUCAGUUUCUAAAAUUAAAAUAUUUGCUACACUCUUAGUAUAUGUCUCUAAAAAGAAUGAAUUGAUCAUCUUGAUUCAAAAGGAGAAAAUAUGUGUUUUUUAAUGUACCCCAACUUUACCACAUGUGCUCACUUUACCCCUGCUGACCUUACUGUGAAAUUCUUGAUUUUAAUUUCUAUUGUUUUAUUUUUCAUGAAAUAAUAAAGUUAUCAUCAAACGAGAAAGAUUUAUAAAGAUGUAAUUCUGAAAA